AUGUUUGUUUAUAUUGGCUGUUCUUCGAGUUUCGAUCACCAAGUCGAACGUACCGGGGCGCGAGUUAGGUUAAUUUUGUAGAUUUUUUAAAUUUUCUAACUAGAAUUGCUAUCAUGAGUGAAAAUGUGUACAUAGUGGCUGCAGCCAGAACACCUAUUGGAAACUUCAAUGGCACGUUAUCGAAAUUAAAAGCAUCUGAUUUGGGAGGCAUUGUCAUCAAAGAUUUACUUAACCGUGCCAAUGUCGCGCCUAAUGACGUAAACGAGGUUAUAAUGGGCCAAGCUCUGACUGCCGGCCAAGGACAAAAUCCUGCAAGGCAAGCAUCUCUAUGUGCUGGUCUGCCUAUAGAAGUCCCCGCAUACAAUAUUAAUAUGUUAUGUGGUUCAGGUUUGAAAACAAUUGCAUUAGGCUACCAAUCUAUUCGCUGCGGUGACUCUUCGAUUGUUAUUUGCGGUGGUCAGGAAAAUAUGAGUUUGGCACCACAUGUAAUGCAUCUACGCCAAGGUGUGAAAAUGGGCCCUGCCACUAUGUUGGAUUCCAUGACACACGAUGGUCUUACCGAUGCUAUGGAAAAUAUACAUAUGGGUAUUACCGCAGAAAAUUUGGCUAAACAAUACAAUAUCAGCCGAGAGGAGCAAGACAAAUACGCAGUUCGAUCGCAGAAUUUAGCUGAAAAUGCUCAAAAGAGUGGCUUCUUUGACAAGGAAAUCACCCCCGUUGAAAUUACUGAACGCAAGGGCACAAUCACAUUUGACAAGGAUGAAUAUAUCAAGUGUGGUGCAAACAUAGAAGGGUUGCAAAAGUUAAAGCCUUGUUUCCUAAAGGAUGGUACAGUGACUCCUGGUAAUGCAUCGGGAAUCAAUGAUUCAGCUGCUGCGGUAUUACUGAUGUCGGAGCAAGAAAUUAAAAAACGUAAUGUAGUUCCUAUGGCAAAAAUCGUAGCAUGGGCUCAAACAGGUAUCGAACCAAAUGUAAUGGGUAUUGGACCUGUUACUGCUGUUAAUGCUGUGCUUGCAAAGGCCAACUGGUCUAAGGAUGACGUUGACUUGUAUGAACUCAAUGAAGCUUUUGCUGCUCAAUCGUUGGCGGUUCUAAAGGGAUUAGAUUUAAAGGAAGAUAAAGUGAAUAUAAAUGGUGGAGCAAUAGCUUUGGGUCACCCCAUUGGAGCAUCUGGGGCUCGUGUCUUAGUCACAUUGUUGUAUGCUUUAGAGCGUACUGGAGGUCGUAAGGGUGUCGCUAGUCUUUGCAUUGGAGGAGGCAUGGGAAUUGCAAUGGCUGUGGAAAGGCUUUGAGAUCAAUUAAAAUCAUUGGUUAUCAAUAAUAGCUCAAUACAUUACAAUUAUUUUAUAAAUAUCUUAUGUUAAUAGUUUUUCUGUAAUUGCCCAAUGAUCAAAGUCUUAUUUCUAAUUGUUGUGAAUGGCAAAAUAAUACUUUGUACAUUUCUACUGCGUUUCAAUAUUUGUACUUUGCUUAUAUGUUUUGAAAAAAUAUUAUGCAUACAUUUUUGUUGUCAAUCUAUUAUAUUACUGCUCGUCUACACGUCAA